AUGGUGUUGCCAGCUGUGCCUUCGUCCGUGUUUGCAACGAUGUUUAAUCCACAACGUUUCCCUCCACAGCAAGCUCUGGGGCCAUCGGUUGCUUCUAGUGUCGGCGACACUACCCUACCGAGUGUUUCUCAGUGGCCUCCAUUCCCUAAAGCGCUAGUCCCACAGUUGGCGACGGUUCCUGCAGGACAAGGAACAAAUUUUUUUCCAC